ACCGCCGUGGCAUUAUACGAAGAAUUUCUACGUCCGCGUAGAAAAAAAAAAUCGACACGAUAUGAACGGUACAGAUUAAUUAAUCGAUAGUGAAUUUAAUUUUAUCUGUUUUUGUUGUGCGUGAUUUGUUAUAUUUAAUCUGUGAAGUUAGAAAAUUCGUAGAUUAUUGUCUUCAAAGAGAAAAGGAAGGGGAUAUCUGUGACUGCAGUGGCGUGGAAACAUGUGGGUGCGAUUGUUGGUGGCAUUCAGUCUGUCUGCCCACGCGUGGACACAGCAAACAAGCGCCAGGGUGCAACAGGGCGGCACUAGUUUCGAGUGGGGCUGGCGUCUCACGCCCAAAGAGGGGACUACCGUGGGACAUUAUUAUGUGAAGCUACCUCAGGCGGAGCAGCAUGUGCGGUACUCGGCAGACGACAGCGGCUACCACGGAGCAGUCGCGGUCAACACCAGCGACGGUCACCAUACCCACAUCACCAACAUCGCUUUGGGAGACAAGGCCAUAGAGCUCAACACGCAAGAGACCCCCACGAUAUACGAGAACGUCAGCACCACCCAACAAUCGUACUCCCAAAGCGCAGGCCAACCAGUGGAAAUAUAUCUACUACAGCAACAAUUCUCAACAUCACCACCCGAACCACAGAAUCAUGUUGUUCAGAUCUUCCCGACUGCUGAACCCAAUCAAAUCCAAUACAGCAGUCCUAGCUACUACUAUCAAAAUGUUUUAACUACCCCACUGUAUAAUAUUCAAACUCAACAUCCUGCACCAAAAACUGAAAAUUCAAUAUCUCUUCACAAAGAAGAAACCACUGAGUCUUAUGAAGCUUAUUCAUCUUCUGUAGUACAAGUGUUUAAAGACCAUAACUGUACGAAUGAGGAUAGUGUUAUAGAAUCAAAAGGCGUUAGCGAAACACAAUCAGCAAAUAAGUUAUAUGCCGAUGUUCCAAAAUAUGAAGUUCAUAAUAUUAACACUAACGUUGGGGCCAAUGAUGGAACCGAAAGGCCUUUGACUUACAGAGGUGCUGUACACUUUAGGGUAGAAUCACCGAGAGAGAAUGCUAGAAGUGAAAGAUACUAUUACUAUUCAACAGUUUCACCUCCCACCGUAGCAGAAGAUUCAAUUCAAGCUGAAAAAAAUGAUGGUAUAACGAAAUUAGUCGCUUCGACACAAGACCUUAUUUCAAAUGAGGAUUUAUUGAGAAUAAACCAUGCAGCAGAAAAACAUAUUAAUGCACAGAAUGAUGAUAUUAUCAAACCACGGUCUAGUUUCAGAGAACAGAGCAGAUAUCAAGGUUAUGAUAAUAGGAGCCCAUUUAGAAAUAAAGUCACAGUGAAAGCUAAAAUAGAAAAUAUUCUUAAUAGCGAAAUUGAACACCUAGGAAAGGAUGAGUCGAAGGAGCAGAUUUUACAGACUAGUUCCAAUGAAUAUAAAUUCGCUUCACCUAUAAUCGUACCGGAAUCUUCAUAUGACAGUUAUAAGGAGCAAGCUUUAAAUAAUUUAGUUUCAACAAUGGUACCUUAUUUACAAGAUGGUUAUCAAAUUGUAAAUAUUAGAAAUAAUAUGGAAAACCAGAAGAAAUACGAAGAAAAUUCUAAUAGUCAGACAAAUGAAGAUUAUAGGUCUAAUGGAGAUACAGUUGAUGUAACCCCAAGACCGAUCGGACAAAAAUAUUUGGCACCAAUAACAGUCGCUUUGAGGCUAUUAAAUGCUAACGAAUCAGAAAAUUAUAACUCAGUUGAAGAUCAUGAGACAGCAGAUAGUGAGUUAAUAUCAGAUGUCAUUCAAAAUCCUAAGAAAGAAAAAACGAUCGUUGAGGUCCAAGAAUCAAUUCCUGUAUCCAUUACUCAUAUAAAUGAUGUUGAAGUGCAUGAAUAUUUAGAAGAAGGUAGAAGUAAUGACAAAGACACUUUGGAUAUCGCAAAGAAAUUGUACAAUAAAUACGUCCAAGCUCUCGAAUCUUCUAAAAAAAUACAAAACAAUAUGAAUAAUAUACUAUACAAAUAUGGUAUGGCAAAAAAUAAUGACAAUAAUGAAAACCAAGAAUAUGAAAAUGAGAAUGAUUCAAAAGAAAAAUUAGAAACAAGCAGUAAUACUAGAUCAGAAGUUGAAAUUAAGGCUAAUGACGAUAACAAUGAGAGAAGUGAGUAUAUAAACUAUUUUAAUGAAUAUGGACAAAAAAUUAUUCAACCUAUAAUAAUAGAAAAAGAAGUACCGAUAACCAAAUAUGUUGAUAGAUUUAUUGAAAAGCAAGUGCCAUAUCCUGAACCUGUUGAAGUGGUGAAACAAAUUGAAGUAGAUAGACCAGUUGCUGUUCCCAUACCUAUUGAAAAAGUAGUAGAAAAGCCGGUGGAAGUAACUAGAUAUGUCGAUAAACCAUACCCGGUUGGAGUUCUUCAACCUUACCCAAUUCCAGUAGAAGUACCGUAUCCGGUUGAACAAAAAGUCUUCAUCGAUCGUCCAGUUCAUAUACCAUUCCCUGUAGAAAAGCUUGUAGAAAAACAAAUUGUUCACCAAAUACCAGUUCCAACACCGGUCGGUAUACCAUACGAAGUACAAGUUCCGGUUGAACAAAAGGUCUUAUAUCCAGUUCCGAUAGAAACCCGUGUGCCCUACCCGGUUGAAGUAGAAAAACCAGUUCCUGUUGAGAAAAUAGUGCACAAAGAAGUUCCUGUACCUUAUCCAGUUGAGAGACAAGUACCCUACCCAGUUCCGGUUGAAACUAAAGUCCCUGUUCCAUAUCCGGUAGAAAAAAGGGUCCCAGUGACAGUAGAGAAGAUAGUUGAAAAACCGGUGAUGGUUACUAAAGUUGUUGAAAAACCAAUUCAUGUACAAGUACCGGUUCAUCACCCUGUGCCGGUUGAAGUUCGAGUGCCCCAACCUUAUCCGGUAGAUAGAAUAGUAGAGAAGAAAGUUCCAUAUCCUGUACCAGUUGAUAGGAUAGUGGAGAAAAAAGUGCCUAUUAAAGUUCCAUAUCCCGUCGAAAAAGUCGUAGAGAAAAUUGUAGAAAAACCGGUUGUUGUAACAAAAUAUAUUGACAAACCUUACCCGGUUGAAAAAAGAGUACCGUACCCGGUUGAAAAAGUUGUGGAGAAGAAAGUGCCUUAUCCCGUUCAAGUACCUAUAGAAGUGAGGGUGCCAUAUCCGGUUGAGAGAUUUGUCGAAAAGCCUAUGCCUAUACCGUUACAAAUGCAACACCAUAAUACAAAUGUCCCCGAUAAAGUCUAUGGAAAUCACUAUCACAUUAACAAUUUUCAACACACACAACAAUCACAAAACAUACCUCAAUACAUAAAGUACAUGCAGACUGGACCUGAACAACAAAAGCAAGGCAAUCUAUCGCCGAAUCAGAUACACAUGCAAAAUACAAAGCAAACGCAGCAAGUAUUUCAGGAUCAACAAAAGCAACAACAAAUUCAGGCGUACCAACAAAUGUUGGACGAUAAACGCAAAGCAUUAGUUCAAACCACAAAAUGGGGCAACCAAUACGCUUCGUCUUACCAAUACAUAAACAGUACACCCACUUUUGAAAUUCAACAGUUCAAAAAGACACCAAAUUUAGUGAACUACUUGUCGUAUAUUACAAACACAAACAACCCUUAUUAUUAUUACGGGCCGCCGCCUAUGAAGAAUUAUGACCAAUCCUGGGAGAAAAACAAUAAUUAUAUCGUCGAAUUAAAACUGAGAAGAACUGAUAGGACACCAAGAAUAAGCAAUCUGAGGAUCGAAUAUGGGUUUAAACCACCAUUGAUCCCAAGCACAGAGGUAGAUUUAGACGGAGUGCCAGUGAAGAAAGAGGAUGAACAGAAAUAAAACACUUAGCCGCCUUAUUUUAUACGGAGUAAGAUAGGAAUCUAUACUUUUCAACAAUUUCCACUGUGAUAAAUCAUUGAACUCAUUUGAUGACAAACGUAUUUAGUUAGCGUUAAAAUAAUUGGCACCAAAUCAUAAGCUAAUGUGAGUUGUACAAAGAUUUACAUAAGCAUUCUCGUUUAACGUCGACGAGUUUGUAUGGAAAUCUGAGUUGUUUCUUACAAUUCUCUGUUAUACAUAUUGUAGUUUCAAAUAAUUAAAAUAAAUAAAUUAUAGGAUGUAAAUAAUUGUAGAACACACAUUAGUCAUUCUGUAAAGUCCUCAGUACCCUUUACAGUAUUUCUUUGCCGUAUUAUUUAAUAUCUGUGUUAUAUCUGAUAAAAAUUCCUUAUUAGCUUAAAUAUUUGGUUUAUUAAAUAGACUUUUUAUAAUAGACUAAGGUAUUUGUCGGCUUUGAUUGCGCCAUAGGGUCUGCAAAGUGAGCUUUUAACGUCGAUUAUCAAUAAGUAAUCUCACAUUAUAUGUAGUUCAAAGUUAAUAAGACUAUGACCUACGUGGUAGGCACAUUUGGGUCGAUUUUGAGACGUUUUCUCUACUUACUUUUCACCAAAUAUUUUAAUACGAGUAUUUUCACAAAAUUACAGUUUUUUGGAUGAUAAAUUUAAUAUUUUUAAGUAAUUUCGGCUUAAAUUUAUUAGAAAUUUAUAUCAUAUUGGUUCUUACAAUAAAUAUUUCUCUGUAAUAUCAAAACUGAAAUUUUAAAUUAAGAAAUAGAUUUGAAAAAAUUGUUCCUCAGAAUAGGCCACAUUACUUUGCGUAAAAGAGAUACUGUGUUUUCCAUUUCAAUAUGGCGUCCUCUGCAGAUCCCAAAUUAUAAUUUGUAUAUAAAUAUUAAUACUAAAUAAUAAAUAUAUUUUUUAUUCAGUAUUGUUAAUUAUUGUUGUUUGUUUACAGUUGUUGUUUGGGAAUUUUAGAUAUCAAUUCUUAUUGUAAUCUAUCUUUAGUAAUUAAUUCUAUAUUUAGUAUUUAAAUUUAAUUCUUUUAUAACCUGUGUACCUA